AUGGCUUCUGAAUCGACUUUUCUUUCCCUCCCCCGUGAGGUGAGAGAAGAAAUUUAUGGCCAUUACGUCAGGACAGACUGCGGAUACGUAUGUAACUCGGAGACCCUAAUCGCAAGAACGCUAAACAUCAACAGCUCUGGCAGCACUGACGGCAACCUUGGUAUCAUCGUGGGCGUACUCAAAAGGGCCGACGGUCUUCCGAUUGAUCUCGGGCUGUCGCUCACCUGCAAGCUUGUAGCCGACGAGGUGAGAGGACUUGCUCUGCGCGAGAACACCAUUACAUUUUCAACCGCUACUUCCAGAGAGCUGCGUAUUCUUGCCCUCCACUUCGACAUCUUGGUCAAAGCAGUCGACUCGAGCCAAGAGUAUCUUUUUCAUCGAGCAGGGUACACCAUGCCAAAGAUUGCCCGUGAGAGACUGAAACUGGCUUACCCACAGCUUGCUCCUUUGCUUGAAGAUUCAAGGGAAGAAUAUGACCUGGCUGAUACAUUGACACGACGCGGACCUUUCGGCGAGUCACCGUCACGGUAUCGGGCAUUCUGCAAAGAGGCAUUGGCAGCGUCGUCUAUCCCCGAUGUCGCUGACAUUUCCGAGAGGCACUAUGCUUGGGCGGAUCCCACGAGAGCGGGCCUCGACAGCGAGCCGCACGAUGCCCCUCGAAUCGCCAAAUGUUCCGAUCGUUCCACCUAUCGCUUUUCUGCCGCUGCAGCGGCAGUCUGUUUCCUGCAAUCGAUGCCUGAGGAGCUGCGUGAACAUCUGCGACGGAUCAUCCUCGACGAGGACCGCGAGGCAGUAGCCAAACCACAGUGUCACGCGCUUGGCCUCAUCCCCUAUUGCAAGCAGAACCCCGGCCUCCGGAUCGAGCGCCGGGUCAACUUGUGGCGGAACGCCUUACUACCAGACUCGAACUUCAACACCCCGGAUACUCGUCGCCAGGCCAAAUACCGGAACAUGACCCGACGCGAGCCGGUACCAUGGGGUCUGGAGGCGAAGCAGGUCACCGCCAAUGUGGCGCAGUGGGUCAUGGAAGCCCUCGCUCUCGCCCCGGCGGGGAUGCCACCUACAUCCUUCACUCUAGUUCUUGACGGCCAGCCGGUGCCUCAGCUGUGCACAGAAAUAUUCCAGACGACGAUCCAGCGAGACGUCGCAUGGCAGGUUGCCUGGUUUGCAUUGGUGGACCAGGGUACCGUCCCUCCAGCGGAGUUGUUCCUGACCCGGUCUGUAGUGUUCAACAAGCUCCGAGUCGCCCGCAGAACCGGAUACUUUUACCGGGGAUUUCCUCGUGCCAUGAGGGAUAUCAUAUAA